AUGGAGAAAAAUAACCCAGAAGAGUUUAAGGUCCCCUUCAGUCCUCUCUUGAUCGGAAGAUAUAAGAUGAUUAAGAAAAUAGGUAAAGGGUCUUAUGGCUCUGUCUACAAAGUUGAAGAUAUAAAAGACAGAAAGACCGCAACCACCCCAGACUCACCAAAGAAAUAUUUUGCUGUGAAGAAGAUGAAGUUACCAGCUAAUAGGCUCAAAAUCCAAGGGAUUGACUUCACUACAUUAAGGGAGAUAAAUAUUCUUCAAGAGAUCAAGCAUGAAAAUAUAAUCCCCCUUGUUGAUGUAUUCCACAUAAAUCGCUCUACAUUUAUGGUGAUGGAGCUUAUGAAGAGUGAUUUAUCAAAGCUAAUGUUCUCUAGAACGAUUACUCUAACCAUCCCGCAUAUCAAGUGCAUAAUGCUCCAAAUCUUUUAUGGGUUGAAGGAAUUGCACAAAAACUGGAUUAUCCAUAGAGACUUGACACCUAAUAACUUACUGAUUUCUGAAGAUGGGGUCCUGAAGUUCUCUGAUUUUGGACUGUCCAGAUUCUUUGCAUCAAAUAAUAGACCAAUGACUCAGAAUGUAGUAACAUUGCACUAUAGAGCUCCUGAGAUUCUAUUUGGAGCCAACUAUUAUGGACCUCAGAUAGAUAUAUUCUCUGCAGGAUGAAUUCUAGGAGGAUUAUUACUCAGAGGUACUCUGUUCUGUGGAAGGAAUGAUAUAGACCAGAUGAGUCAAAUCUUUAAAAUCAUGGGAACUCCUAGCGAAGAGACAUGGGAAGGAGUUACCAAUCUCCCUCAUUAUGUAGAGUUUGAAGAAACUCCUCCACAAUCAUUCAGGAUAUUAUUCCCAGGCAUUGAUGAAGAUCUUGCAAAUCUCCUAGAGGGGUUACUAGUGUUAGACCCUAAUAAAAGAUUGACAGUUGAACAGUGUAUUAACCACCCCUUUUUCAACAAGAGUCCUGACUCUUGUGAUCCAGACGAGCUCCCAAUGGACGAUAUAUCUUAGUGAUUUCAGCUAAAAAU